ACUUCACAAAGACGAGCAAGAUAUCUGGAGACGCGGAAAACAGAGAGAGAGAAGAAAUCAAAAAUCGUAUUUUUUUCAAAAAAAAAGUUACUGUUCUCUUCUUAGUCUACAAUGGUGAAUUUAAAACUUGAGAUUUGCAUCGAGUUUGUGAAAUUAACCGUAGAUUUCGUCGCCGCCGUAGCGGAAUCGAUCGAAGUAGCUUUCCGACACCGUCCUCCGCCAACUAUUCCGUAUUCAGCUGUGAUGAACGGUCGCCGGAGUAAUUACUCCGCCGCCGUUCCCAUUCCUCUCGUGGGGUUUCUGUGAUUAAUGUAUUCUCCUCUUAUGGUUUAAUUUUUUUUUUUUUGUUUUUGGAACUCUUGUUCUAUUGUCACUGUCUUGCCUCGAUCUGCCACGUUCUUCGGACAAAAUAUGUGAUUCGUACGAAAAGAUCAAGAACGAAAAGAUCACGAAGAGUUUAGAUACUCGGUGAAUAUAUAAAAGCUUAGCCAUUGAAUCUCGACUGUGUCUUAUUUUGUUUUUGUUUUAAUGUAUAUAAUUUGUUUAUUCAUAAAUCAUAAGAUCAGAUCUAUAAAGAAAAA